AUGGAUUUCUGGAUUCUGGCUUUCAGUUUUAUUUUCUUAUCUGAAACUACAGUUGGAAUUCUGGGAAACAUCUCUCUAAUUUUCUACUAUCUAAUCCUUUACUACAGAAAAUGCAUAUUAAAGCCCACAGAGUUGAUUCUCAUACACCUUUUGACAGCCAAUGCCUUGAUCAUUGUUUCUGAUGGAGUGCCCCAAACAAUGGCAGCUAUUGGAUUCAAGCAUUUCUUGGAUGAUUUUGGAUGUAAGCUCCUAUUGUACUUCCAAGGAAUUGGCAGGAGUGUGUCCAUUGGCAUCACCUGCCUCCUGAGUGUCUUCCAGGUCUUGACCAUUAGCCCUAGGAAAUCCUCUUGGAAAGAACAUAAAGUCAAAUUUGAAAAGAACAUUGGCUGCUACAUUUUCCUCCUCUGGAUCACAUACUUGUUCAUAAAUUUCAUUCAUUUUGCAUACAUACUUGUCAAAAACCAUAGAAACAAUGUUACCAGAAAAUGGGAUUUUGAAUACUGCCAUAGUGCAGGGAUUGGUGAAAUUGGUGGCUCACUUUAUACAGCAUUGGUGGUAUGCCCUGAGGUCUUCUUUUCUCUGCUCAUGACCUGGUCCAGUGGAUACAUGAUUUACAUUCUUUACAGACAUAAGCAGAGGGUUCAACACAUCCGAAGCACUCAUGGUUCCAUCAGAAACUCCCCUGAAUCCAGAGUCACCCAGAACAUUCUGAUACUGGUGUCUACCUUUCUGUCUUCUUAUACUCUCUCCUCCAUCCUAAAAGGCUACACUGGAAUGUGCUAUGAACUUGAGAGUUUAGAAAUUUUUCUCAGCAUUGCAAGGAGUCUCAUGUUAGAAAUGUAUGGAUAG